AUGAGGUUUCAACCAACUCUCCUCCUCGCUGGCCUUGGGCUCAUGACAACGGUCUUCGCCACGCCGACCAACUUUAUCCGCGAGCGAACACUCGUUAAACGCGAUGCUGCAGCAAUCCAGAGCAACAUUGCCAGCAUAAACAGCAAGACCAUUGCCCUAGCAGACGACAUUACAAGGUACACUGGCGGGGACACCUCAGCCAUAGAAAAGACAUCCACUGAUCUUGUUGCUGCCAUCAAUGCUGGCACCGAUGUUGUUCUUGGCGGGGAUGACUUGACCUCAACAGAUGCGUUGAGGCUGGUGGACCCUAUUCAGACGUUGACAAAGAACGUCGACACUACCAUCUCCGCCCUUAUUGAUAAGAAGGAUCCGGUCGUCGAUGCAGGCUCCGACCCAUCGGUUUAUGACCAGCUUCAGGGGCUGUUGGCCGCGGCCACUAGCUUUGCUGAUGCUCUGACCAGCAAAUUUCCGGAAUCGCUCAAGGAUACCGCCGAUGAGUUGUCGUCUGGUAUCAAAGCAUCCAUUCAGAAGGGAAUCGAUGCCUAUGCUGCUGUUUCUACACCCACAACAACCGCGACCUCGACUACAUCGACUACAUCGACUACCUCGACUACCUCGAAAACGACGACUGGUACUCCUAGCCCAACCCAGACGACCACAACUCCGUCCCCUACUCGCACCCCGACCACGUCUGGGCCAGACGAGACAGGCACGUCCACUCCGUCCGAGACCGGUACAGAGACCCCUCUCCCAUCAACCAGUGAUCCCUGUGAAACCGGCACCGGGACUCUACCAUCCAUGUCGGAACCGUGUGAGACCGAUACUGACAAUCCGCCUGAGUCAACAGACUCGGAAACGGUGAAUCCCCCUGGACCUACUGGCGGCUCUGACUCUGGCUCUGGCGCUGGCUCUGGCGCUGACUCUGACUCCGACUCCGGCACUAGCUCUGAUUCUGAUGCUGGAUCUGGAUCUGGCUCUGCUGGCUCUGACUAUGGCUCUGGAUCUGGCUCUGAUUCUGAUGCUGGGUCUGGAUCUGGCUCUGCUGGCUCUGACUAUGGCUCUGGAUCUGGCGCUGGAUCUGGCUCUGAUUCCGAUGCUGGCGCUGGAUCUGGAUCUGGAUCUGGCGCUGGCUCUGGCUCUGGCUCUGAUUCCGACACUGGCGCUGGCUCUGGAUCUGGCGCUGGCUCUGGCUCUGGCUCUGAUUCCGACACUGGCUCUGGCUCUGGAUCUGGCUCUGGAUCUGGCUCUGGUGCUGGCUCUGGUGCUGGCUCUGGUGCUGGCUCUGGUGCUGGGUCGGGCUCUGAUUCCGACGCUGGCUCCGGCUCUGGCUCUGAGUCUGACUCCGGGACGGGUACAAGCCCUGAAACGUCCGAGUUUACUGGAGCUGCCGUCGUGAACACCCUCAAGCCUUCCCUGGCUGGUGCGAUUGUCAUCGCAGUCGUUGUUGUCAUGCUCUGA